CCGUGAAGACUCACGCACGCGCGGCGCAAACAGUGAGUCAGAGCAGCCAGUCGGUCGCAGCACUCGCUCGGGAAAACGUUCCUCGGCUUUUCGCUUGCUUUGUUUUAAUAACUGUGUCAUACGACGAGAAAAGGUGGGAGACAUGUCGCACUCGGUGACCAUCACUCGAACCACCACCACCACGAGCGGCUCCGCGCUCUUCGUCAACACCGGGUACCUGCGGACGCUGCCCGGUCUGCUGAAGCUCGCUGAACUGUUACUUGGAGCGGCAUGCGUUGGCGUCAUUGGGUACUACCAUGACACCAAGGGUUACGUGCUGCAGACUCCUGAGCUUUUCUUCUUUCUGAUGGCGGUGACGUUCAUGAUCGGCACGUUUUGUCUUCUCACGGCAUGCCUAGUCUCCCUCUCUACGUCUUCUCUAAUAUCCAAGACGAUAUACGAGGUGAUAUACCACGGGUUGGCCUGUAUCCUGUACUUAGCAUCAAGCCUUACGUUAUUGAUAGAAGUCAAUCAGCAUAAAAAUGCUUACGGUUAUAGAAGCUAUUACGAGCCGUAUUUAGCCGCUUCGAUAAUGGGACUGGUUUUGACGGCACUGUACUUGAUCAGCACGUUUUUGGCGAAUCGUUCGUACCGUGGAAUAUAAGUCACAAAGAUAUUAUUCAGGAUUUUUAUGUCUAUACAAACAAUAGUGCGUUCCAUAACAAUCUUAAUUUCUAAGAAGCCCACUAUGCUUUGCUAUGAAUGUUAAAGUUAUAAGGUUACGAGUAAUACCUAGACCUAGGUACAUAUUUACGAUAUGAUACCUAUGCAAAUUGUAAAGUAUAUACUUAUACAAAUAUUUAUGUAUUAAUAUUACCGAUUUAAUUAUAAAUUAUUCUAAAUUAGUGUCUACUUUUGCAUAAUAUAUUUAUGUAAUAAGUUAAAGUAUAAAUUAACUAGUCAGUCCAAGGGUGUUCACUAUUUUAGAAUAAAUAAAAAUACAGCGUAAUAAAAUUACAGGAGUGUUGAGUCGAUAUUCUAACCCGGAAGUCGGAAAGCUUCAGUUAGUUUUAAAAGUCGUCGCAAAUAAAUAAAAUAUAAUUACAGUAGAACCCGCUUAAGACGAUUCUGAGGGGACCUAGCAAAAAAGCUUAAACGGGAAAUCGUAUUAAACGUGAAAAACUAACGUACAAACACCGUAGCGAAUGAUGUCUAAAUGCAUGUAGGUAUAAGAUCACACGUGGAUAUUAAUCUAGGAACACUAACGAUAGGCUCAAUUAGAAAGUCGUGGAGUGGAGUAAAUAAAAACCUGGGAGCGAUAGCUUGCACUCCGUGGUCCAUAACCGUCAAGCAGAUGGCAUAGCAUUCUCACGCCGACAAGGACCCGACAAAAGAUAUUAGACAAAACAAAAACCCAAAGGUAGGUAAUAAACACAUUAAAAAAUGUUGGCUAACGGCGUAUUGCAUAACAAUACGACCGUACGGCGGUUAUGUCAAUAACACAAACGUGCAGAUGGUGCGUAACGGGAAUUUUAGAUGGCGUAUUAAGCGGGACUCGAGUCGUAUUAACCGUGAAAAAAUGUAUGAAAACAGACUUAAAGUUGCAGGGACCAGCGCAAAAUGGCGUAUUAUGCGGGAAAUCGUAUUAAACGGGUUCUACUGUAUAUGAAAUUGUAAUUUGCAACGCAAGUUUCGCGCUAGAUCAGCCAUAUUUUUGACAUUUUUGUAUGUUGUAUAGAGUAGAAAUUAAAUGCUAACCCGACCAGAAAACGUUUCCCUGGAAUAUAAAAAAAUCAUGCGGGAUUAUUUUUUUAAUAACUGUUUUUCAUUCUUAUUUUGAUGAUGAUACGAUACUUAAAUUAACUGUAGGUAUAUUCAAAUAAGAUUAUUUGACCCAACCAUUUGGCUUUUUGCCCCAAAACUGUUUCAAAUAAUCCCAGUUCACCGUAGAAGUAGGUAAUUAGGUAGGUCAAUAACCUUAAAUAAUGUAAGCUUUAUCUAAUUUGUAUUAACCAUACUCCGGGGUUUUGGGUGUGGGACGAAUGCUUUACACUAGCCAAAAAUAGGAUAUUUAAAAAAAAGAAUAUAUAUUGACAUUUCUAAGUACAUUUGGAUCCUACUACUAUAUUUAAUUCACAGUUUGGUAAUUCAUUUACAAUACACAUAUUUAUUAAUACACCAAAUCAUUCCCGCUCCCUAAACCCCAGGAUAUGCUAAUAACUAGGUAUUAAAUUUAUAUUAAGAACUUUUUUUAAGAAAAUAGAUGAAGUUUACUUAUUUCGCACAUACAAAUACCUACACACAAAGAAAUAUUAAUACUAAGCAAGUACUUAGUAUCGAAAUUUAUUUAUUUAUUUACAGCAUUUUUAUAUAAAUCAUAAUUGGUGAUGCUUUACUGUUUAAUAUAUUUAUAUAAUUGAUACUUAGUGUUAAAUAUGAGAAGAGAAGAUUUAAAAUAUUUUCAGGGAGUUAAAAAGCCGAAUUUUCUUUAACUUUGAUUUAUUGUCAUCGUUUUAGUAAUAAAGUGCUGAAUGCCGGUAAAUUACACUAUUACCACAUUAUGAUAUAAGUAUUUUAAGAGAUGCAACAAGGAUAUUAUGUUAAGAAUUAAAUUGUUGUAAGUAAAUUAUUCUGCCAUCUGUUUAACGGAUAAGACUUCGUUGCUUCCAGAAUAGUAGUAUACCUACUCGGUGUACCUCUACCUAUAAAGUUAUUGAAACUUUAUGAUUUGAAUCUGAUUUCCUGCAAACAAACAAUUACAUUUAUAUUACGGUACAGAUUUUGCUAUCGAUGUUGUUUAUUAUAUACCUUUAUUUUAAUAUAUUUGUACUUUCUAGUAAAA